ACGGUCUCGUACAGCGACACCAAGAUAUGUCACCUUACACGCGACCGCUACAAGGACACUAUGGUGCGAGGUCUGAAAAUAUUCUUCUGGUUUCCAUUCGGUUUAGUUCUCGCACUCUUUCACGUGGCCUUUGGUGUGAUAUUGUGUUUGCUGGUAGUGGGUCUGCCGUAUGGUCUGAAGCAUUUCCGGCUGGUCAGAACAUCGUUCUGUCCGUUUGACAUUGAGCUGGCCGAGCCCGUGAAGGUGAUGAGAGAUACAAACAUCUGGGGUAGUGAGUGCUGA